CUUACCACCCGGAGCCAAUACAAUAUGAGUUUGGUGAUGUUUCAGUUUCAGCCUAAGUCUUCUCUUUGCGUCGUCUCCUUCUGUGUCUCUCUCCUCCGUUAUUUCCAUUACUUGAAACCCCUUUCUCUCGAUCGCGUACCAUUUCUUUUCCAGUGAUUGUGCGUUUGGAGCAGAACUCUGAUCACCAAUCAGUCACUUUCCAAUGGCGUUGAGCGCCCAAGUUAGAGCUUCCGGGGGUUCAGCUUUUCGGUGGAAAUACGACGUGUUUUUGAGCUUCCGAGGUGAAGACACACGUAAGGGCUUCACAGACCACUUAUACGACAAGUUACAGUGGCGAGGAAUUAAGACUUUCCGGGACGACCCACAACUUGAAAGAGGCACAGCCAUCUCUCCAGAACUCCUUACAGCAAUUGAGCAAUCGAGGUUUGCGAUCGUUGUUCUUUCGCCAAACUAUGCUUCUUCCACAUGGUGCUUGCUUGAACUGUCUAAGAUUCUUGAAUGCAUGGAGGAGAGGGGAACAAUUCUGCCAAUCUUUUAUGAGGUGGAUCCCUCUCAUGUGAGACAUCAAAGGGGCAGCUUUGCUGAAGCAUUUCAAGAACAUGAAGAGAAGUUUGGGGAAGGUAAUAAGGAGGUGGAAGGGUGGAGAGAUGCUUUAACCAAAGUGGCCAGUCUCGCUGGAUGGACUUCAGAGGAUUAUAGGUACGAAACACAGCUUAUCAGAGAGAUUGUGCAAGCACUGUGGAGCAAAGUGCAUCCUAGUCUCACUGUAUUUGGUUCCUCAGAGAAGUUAUUUGGAAUGGAUUCUAAGCUGGAGGAGAUAGAUGUUCUUUUAGAUAAAGAAGCAAAUGAUGUUCGCUUUAUAGGGAUAUGGGGGAUGGGUGGUAUCGGUAAAACAACCCUUGCCGGUCUAGUUUACGAGAAAAUAUCUCAUCAAUUUGAAGUUUGCAUCUUUCUUGCUAAUGUCAGAGAGGUUUCCAAAACAACCCAUGGUCUAGUUGAUCUGCAAAAACAAAUUCUUUCCCAAAUCUUGAAGGAAGAAAAUGUUCAAGUAUGGAAUGUUUAUAGUGGAAGAAAUAUGAUAAAGAGAUGUGUUUGUAAUAAAGCGGUUCUUCUAGUUCUUGAUGAUGUGGAUCAAUCAGAGCAACUGGAAAACUUGGUGGGAGAAAAAGACUGCUUUGGUUUGAGGAGUAGAAUCAUCAUUACAACUAGAGAUCGGCGUGUACUAGUCACACAUGGUGUAGAAAAACCAUAUGAAUUGAAGGGAAUAAACGAAGAUGAAGCACUUCAGCUCUUUAGUUGGAAAGCCUUUAGGAAAUGUGAACCUGAAGAAGAUUAUGCAGAACUGUGUAAGAGUUUUGUUACGUAUGCUGGAGGUCUUCCGUUAGCUCUUAAAAUUUUGGGGUCUUUCUUGAAAGGAAGAACUCUAGAUGAAUGGAAUUCUGCAUUGGCAAAACUACAACAAACUCCCGACAUAACAGUUUUUAAACUAUUGAAGAUGAGUUUUGAUGGACUUGAUGACAUGGAGAAGAAAAUUUUUCUGGACAUUGCUUGUUUCCGCCGGCUGUAUCGCAACGAGUUUAUGAUUGAACUAGUAGACAGUUCUGACCCUUGCAAUCGUAUUACAAGACGUGUUCUUGCUGAGAAAUCUCUCUUAACUAUUUCAUCAGACAACCAGGUAGAUGUGCAUGACUUGAUACACGAAAUGGCAUGUGAAAUUGUUCGGCAAGAGAAUGAAGAGCCUGGUGGACGCAGUCGGUUGUGUCUUCGCAACGACAUUUUUCAUGUAUUCACAAAGAAUACGGGAACAGAAGUUACUGAAGGCAUAUUCUUACACUUACAUGAAUUAGAAGAGGCAGAUUGGAAUCUUGAAGCCUUCUCUAAAAUGUGUAAACUGAAGCUGCUCUACAUUCAUAAUUUGAGGCUUUCUGUUGGCCCAAGAUUGCUUCCUAAUUCCUUGAGAUUUCUGAGUUGGAGUUGGUAUCCUUCAAAAUCUCUCCCACCGUGUUUUCAACCGGAUGAACUUGCUGAACUUAGUUUGGUUCAUAGCAAUAUUGAUCACCUCUGGAAUGGAAUAAAAUACUUGGUCAAUUUGAAAUCCAUCGAUCUUAGUUACUCCAUAAACUUGAGAAGGACACCAGAUUUCACAGGUAUUCCAAAUCUUGAGAAGUUGGUUCUUAAAGGUUGUACCAAUUUAGUUAAGAUUCAUCCAUCCAUUGCAUUGCUGAAGAGACUCAAAAUUUGGAAUUUUAGAAACUGCAAAAGUAUUAAGAGUCUACCAAGUGAAGUAAAUAUGGAGUUUCUUGAAACAUUUGAUGUAUCUGGCUGCUCAAAACUGAAAAAGAUUCCAGAAUUUGCGGGGCAAACGAACAGAUUAUCAAACCUUUGUUUAGGUGGGACUGCUGUUGAGAAACUGCCUUCAAUUGAGCAAUUGAGUGAGAGUUUGGUGGAGCUUGAUUUGAGUGGAAUUGUUAUAAGAGAGCAGCCAUACUCCCGUUUUCUUAAGCAGAAUCUCAUAGCAUCAUCUCUUGGCUUAUUUCCAAGAAAGAGUCCUCACCCUUUGAUUCCUCUGUUAGCUUCCUUGAAGCAUUUCUCUUCUUUGACGACAUUAAAACUGGAUGACAGUAAUCUCUGUGAAGGAGAAAUUCCCAAUGAUAUUGGUUCUCUGUCCUCCUUAAAGAAGUUGGAACUCAGAGGAAACAAUUUUGUUAGCCUUCCUGCAAGCAUUCAUUUGCUUUCUAAUCUUUAUUAUUUUACUGUGGAGAAUUGCAAAAGACUCCAACAAUUGCCAGAACUUCCAGCAACUGACUACUUACGGGUGGUAACGGAGGAUUGUACUUCCUUACAAGUGUUUCCAGAUCCACCAGAUUUGUGCAGAUUAUCGCAAUUCAGCCUCUAUUGCGUCAAUUGCCUGAGUAUGUUCGGUAAUCAAGAUGCUAGUUAUUUUAUAUAUUCAGUGCUAAAGCGGUUGCUUGAGGAAACCCCUUCUUAUUUUCGGUAUCACGACUUUGUAAUUCCUGGAAGUGAAAUUCCAGAGUGGUUCAAUAAUCAAAGCGUGGGAGGCUUGGUAACUGAGAAGUUACCUUCGGAUGCAUGUAAUAGCAAGUGGAUUGGGUUUGCUGUGUGCGCUCUAAUUGUACCUCCAGACAAUCUGUCUGCCGCUUCUCAACUCCUUGGCAUUUCUUGUCAGUGGAAUAAUAAUGGUCAUGCUUUGCCAGAUGUUUGUUUCUUUGUAAAACAAAUUGUUUCAGAUCACCUUGUCCUACUUGUUUUGCCCAGUCAUUUCUGGAAACCUGAGAACUGUCUGGAGGACACAUGCAAUGAGGUUAAGUUUGUCUUCGGAACCGAUCCAGGCUCGCAUAUAAAGAAAUGUGGGGCCCGUGCACUGUACGAGCACGAUGUGGAAGGGCUGAUCAGUAAAAUGAACCAAUCCAAGAGCAGCAGCAUUUCUCUUUACGAGGCUGUGGAUGAACAAGAAGGUGCCAUGGUUAAGGCAACACGAGGCAGCAACAAGUGGAAGUGGUGCUCUGACGACGAAUAUUAUUACUCUGCAGAAGAAGACUGAAAGAAUUUUAGAAGACACUGUCUUGCUUUGUCCAGUGCCUCGAAGCAAAAACUGAAAGGCCAACACUGCUGUUCUCUAUUCUAAAGCAUGGGAGCCAGAGAGAGGGGUGAAUCGGGUGAUUCGGUUUUGCUGUGAGGUGGAAGAAGAAAUCAAGUAGUUGAUUGUUGGUUGCUGAUAAGCUGCUUCAUCAAGCUACUAGCAAUUUUCAUGCAGAGCUAAUGUUUAUGAACUUAAGCUCCUGAUCACAUCAGUUUACUGCAGAAAACUACCUUCCGAAAGCCUUACUUGAAAUCAAGAGCGUCGAUGUGUUUUAAUUAUAAUUCUCGCUUCUCCAAUUGUUUGGUUCGUCCCUUUUCCUCAAACUACUGUAGGAUUGAGGGGUUGAUAAGAAAUCAAGCAAUGUUGCCUCGGAGCCAAACUCAAACCGUGUGUCACCAAAGGCUUCAAGUGACCAUCCUGAUGAUGAAAGAGGGACUGACAAGAGGAAUGGUGUGAAGGCAAGGAACAACUCUUUUUUGGUAGCUGAAAGGACGUCAUCUUUUCACUUGGGAUCUUCAUCAAGUGUUUUCAUGUUUCAGCGUGUGGCAAUAUCAACUGUUGCAAAUAUGUGCAAGAAACUUCCUUCAGAUACAACUGACUUUGGGAUGGAAGCUGUCCCAUUAUUGACAAUCUUCUGCAAUAUCAUGGUCCCAAUGAUAGGACUUGCAAUGGGUCAGUGCGGUUGAUUUCAUGGAUACAUUGCACAAAUUUGGGUGGUUAUCUUACUCCUGGUACAUGCUCGAUUCAGGAAUUGUUCCAGUUCCUAGGGAACCUGCCAUAUAUAUUACAUGUGUACAACUUCAGACUUAUAAGACCUGAUACAAGGCUGUAUGAUGUUACCGGAAAGCCUAUCAGCAACAGCAAAUCUCCUCCUUUAUACAACAAAGAAUUCAAGUCAGUAGGUUUCGAUGAAGUUUAUGUAAAUUCUUCCGGUACGAUUCAAGUUAGUAGGUUAAGUCAGUUGACGACAUUGCAAAUUUUGUUCCUACUUACUGAUCAAUUGACUUAUGUGAAUUGAGGUUCGCAUUUGUAUCAAGUUAUAUAUCCCUAGUGUAGACUAGAAAUAGAAAUAUUUUUUUCCGAGUUGUUCUUGCUGUUUACUAUAUAUGAAAUACUAUUAAAAAAAAAAACACUCUUUUCCAGCAGCAUUGCGCGGGUGGGUUAGCUAGUUCUCACUAUUUAUAAGAAGUGAGCAUUUCACAUGAUGAGUUCUAGUUGCAACUGGAUAUUCUCAACAUUCUUCCUCUUUCUCAUAUGCUUUUAUGUGAGGACACAUUUUAUCAUUUGCUCUGCCAUCUUGAGCAAUAACAUGACUAGAAAACUGAAUCAAGAAGUUUCGUUUUGUGGUAAUGUUGUUUCAGAGACUAGGGCUAGGACU